CUCAUUGGGGGAGACGUUGGGGCACAGAUUGUCACAGAUCAAACAAUGGCUGGAAUAUUUAGAGACUGUGGUAAGUUGAAUAAUAAUAAUAACCUUUAUUUAUCCAUCUUUUAAAAAUAUUCACAAUGGAUUUACAAUACUAUAAAAUGCUAUCAAGUGAUUAUUCUAAUAAAAAAGUAGGUAAGUAAGUCAGUAAGUAAACAUAACAGGUCAUUAAAGAAGUCUUGCAGCUCUUGGUAUAAAUGAAUUUGCAUGUCUUUGCAUCCCUGACUGUGGUAUUGCUACUGAGUGAACCUGGUUUGGAUCUUAAGUUAUAGCCGUGGCUGGUAUUUGGCUUAGUGAGAAAAAUUUGAUUUGGGUGGUUAAUAUAAUUUACAACUCUUUCUAAUUCACGCUUUGUUGCUAUGUUGCACCUGUCCUCUAGUAUUGGAAGGGAUGUUCUUGGUAUCCUGAUGAUAUCUACACACCUGUUUUGUAAAGACUGCAACUCUUCUGCAAUGUACUUUUGCAAACCGCCCCACAGUGGGUGGCAUAUUCGAGAAGUGGGCGUAUUUUGGUACAAUAAUAUAUCCUGAUGCUGAUCUCUGUAGGUAGGUUUGCUUCCAUACAUUCCCUUAAAAAAUACAAUCUCUUGCUGGCUUUCUUUACAGUUUGAGUUCAACAUGGUAAUUCCAACAUAGGUUGACAGUUUAAACAAGAACCCCUUUAACCCACUCCUUGACAAGCGUUUUUAAAGAAGAUUUUAUAGUAUGUUUAUAUGUUUGACCAAUACAAGGGUGAGGAUUCUGUGAUUUUAAGAGCUGUGCAGCUGCAAGCUGUAACCUAAUUAAGAAUAAAUGAAAUGACAAUAAUAAUAGUGAUAUUAGAUUGUUACAAAGAAUAAUAAUAUCAAAAGUAGGUUGAGUUUGUCAGGGUGAACGUAGUCUCCAUUUUGGUGACGUCCGCCAGUGUGACAACACAAUUUGUGCUUUGAACUAAAAAUCCAAAAAAAGUUUUCAGUCAUUAAUUGUAGUCCAUCGAGCAAGUUUAGUUAACAAAUAACAAAAAUCAUAAGAUAUACGGAAAUUUAGCACACAUGCAAGAUUUGAGGGGUAGUUUGGUCCCAUCGUGGCAAUGCGGUUUUGAAUGUUCAAAACUAUGUGCCUAAAAUUUAAAUUAUCGUGACACAUCUAUUUUAGGUGUUUUGUCUGCAAGCUUUCUUUCAGUUUAUUGAUAUUUUUUGACCUUCACCUUCACAAUUCUGCAGUUAUCUCUUGUGGUAAAAUUGUAGAGCUGAGUCUGAUGUGUUUUUUUUCUUUUCAUUUUGCUAGAUUUUUUUGUUGUGUCCAAAGAUAGACAUUGAUUGAAAUUAUGCAUUAUGAAAAAUUAGCAACAUUGAGUUGUUGGAAUAUGUUUUUUUUAUUAGAAAGGGGAAAUUACAGAGAAUUUACUAGAAAGAGUGACCGAAGAAGGCUACAUCAUUGACUUAAAGCAGACCAGGUGAUGAAAACUAUUAUUACAGUGCUGCCAUUCUUUAAAUAGGGUUCAAAGCCGGUCUGGUGAAAAUCUCAUUUUGCUUAUAAUGUUAUUAAUAUUAUGAGUCCCAUCAUUAUGAUGUAAGUGAUUGCCAUAUGUGUGUUCAGUUUAUUUCUUUCCUGAUUGUCUAAAAUGAAAAUUGGGAGUUAAAUUAAAAUGACAAGCUUUACUAAAUAAAUGCUUGUUAUUUAAUUUUACAAAUUAUUUUACAAAUUAUUUUCCAUAUUUCCAAAUGGUCCAGCAGAUACAAAUUUAAUUAUGAAAUUCAUCACUAAGACUUCAGAUACACUGUAUGUUGUGUGACUCCCAUUUCUUUUUUUUCUUUAUAAAUCAACAGGAUAAGGAAAAUGACCUUUGCAAUUCCAACUAAACCCCACUGAACAGACUUGCAACACGGUUGGGUUCAGGCAGUUUAUUGUAGCAUAUAAUACUUAUUUACAUAAAAUGGUAAUACUAACUAAAUAUAACCUGGUUGAAAACCUAGGCCCAUAAAUCAACUUUCAAGACACAAAUCAAGGAAAUCAUAACUGCCUGUGGAGUGGGUGGGUGGGAAAGCAAAUUGUAAUACAGCCGAAAAAGACUCGUUGUCUCACUAUUGGCUUGUAAAGCUAAAUGCUAAUCAUACAUUCCUGGGCGUGGCUAAAUAACUCUCUUAUCUUAGCGGCUGUCAUGCGGUCAUACGCGCCCUUCCGGCCGCAGGGAUGCUCAUGAUUUGCCUUUCUCCCACGCUGGUUGUCCAUUCACGGGUCUAGAUUUAUAUUAAUAGGGAUUAAUAUCCACUGUACAAGUAAUUUUGAUAUUAAAGGAGUUAUGGAUCAGGUGCUUAAUGCAUGGCUGAAUGCUUUGGGGAUCCUCAUGAAGAAUAAAUACAUAAUGUAUGUGAAUUUGAUAAUUAGAAUAAUUAAUGCAUUGGCUGAUGUGCUUCGUUAUGAAAUUAGAAUUAAUCACCACAAUCACAGCUGAUUGGAUUAAUUACAAUAAAUAUUGAUAUAUGUAUUUUGAUUCUUACAUGUACAGCUCUUUGUUUAAUCUAAGAGUUGUUACUUUUUUUCUUAAUCUCCUUCUCCCUAUGCAACACUUGCCUAUUCUCAUCAUUCUUUCCUUUUCAUAAUUUGUCUACACAUUCCUUAAUUCUUUUCUCUUAAAGGCUGAAUUUGUGGCUUACACUAUGAUGACCGUUUGUUAACUAAUUGACUAGUAUGUAUGUCUGUGGGUGCUGUAAGUUUGAUUUGAUUUUUUGUUUCAGGUUUAGAGAACAAGACUGUGUUAUCAUAACACUUUCAAGUGUUACACAUGUAGCAAUAGUUCAGAGUCAGAUUAAAAGGUAAUUACGCAUAAUCCGUUUUCCAAUCCAUGUUACUGAGCCUGAAACUUUCUUUUCUUCAUUUGUUAUUUAUCAUUGUAAGAGUGGAUUACUUUGUUGAAAAUGAGUAAUAAAUCCAACUCCUUCGAAAGUGAUCUACUGAAUUUCCAAAAAGGACCCGUUCCGUACAAAAGCUGAUUCAUCAUUUUGUUUACUAUAAUAACAUCUAACCUAUUAAGCGUAAAAGUGAUUUAUCUCUAAUCCAAUAAAAAAGUGGUUAAUAUGACAGCUCCUAGUAACGUAAUGACAAAAUACUAAAAACAAAACAAAAAAAAUGUCACACUAUAAUUUUCAGAAAAUAUUGACAUACUUGAUUUUUUUAAUAACUGCAAAUUGUGUCUCUGAGGACAUUAUUAUUGUUAUUAUUAUGACUCAAAUAUAUUGUUAUUGUGUGUGUAACUUAUUUCAAUCAGAAUUUUUCCUAAUUGUGUUGAAGAUACGCCUAGAAUGCCUGACACACGCCUCCCCAAAAGAGGGAAAUGGCAACAGGGUGGACAAAAGAGGCAAAGCACUAUAAGACUGUCUCAAAGCAUUGCUGUAAAUCUUUGAUAUAGAUGUUGAAACCUGGGACACCUUGGCUCUAGACCAACCUGCCUGGCAUAGCAAAGUCAACAAAGGCACUGUCCUUUUUUAGCUAAACAGGAUAACAGGGGCUCAGAGGAAGCGGGAGCUGUGCGAAUCCAAAGUGAUCUAGUUGACACCUGCUUAAGAAAAUCGCCAGUGUCUGGUAUGCGGCAGAGCCUUCUGCACAUGAUUGGAUUGAUAAGCCACGGUGGGAAACACUGCACCUAAUACCUCUCUCAUGUGAUGUUCUUGGGCAUUGCUAAGAACAACGGACAAACAACAACAAAAACUGGAGUCACAUAACAAGGUAAUACAUUGGGUAUAAUGAUUGGACAGUAAUAGUUAUUCAUACUAGCUGAAGUACCAAAUUGGAAUCAUUGCAUGUGUGUUUGAUAAGCAUUGAAUUAAGAAAUGAAUUUAAUAUAAUGCAUUUUAAUUUGUGCUGUCAAUUAAGCAAGGUUUGUUAGUCUAUAUGUUGCAAGUAAUGUGGUAUUUCAGGUUGAUUUGUUUCAACCUAGGUCAAAAUAUAGUAUUAUUGAGCACUACACAUCUGCUUUAAAUCUAUUAGAGUAGUUUGAAUGAUAUUAAAAAGUUAACUGGGGGAACAUAUGAAAGCUGUGAGUUUUCUCAGUUUGCUUCCAGGUGAUGUUUCUUGUAAAAAGAACACUCCUACAGCAGAAUUCAGUCUUGCAACCAGGGGUCUUACAACCAGUGGUCUUCCAACAAGGGGUUAUUUCAACCAGGGCUCUUACAACCAGGGGUUGUUACAACCGGGCAUCUUAUAACCAGGGGUUCUUACAACCGGGGGCCUUAAAACCUGGGCCCAGUUAUUCGAAGGCUGAUUAGCCCUUAACCUGGGGUAUAAUUUAGCCAGGGUUUCUUUUUUUGUGUUCAAAAGCAUUUUCUCGCAUUAUUUUCUGUUAUAUUUAGAGUUUUCAAUCGUCUCCUUGUAGACAAAAAGAAUUAAAACUGAAAUGGUUUUCAAGCUUUCAAAUCUAAAUUCAAAUCUUGCACUAACCGUGGGUCAUCUUAACCCAGCUUUGAACAACUCGGCCCGGGGGUCUUACAACCAGGGGUUGUUACAACCAGGGGUUGUUACAACCAGGGGUCUUACAACCAGGAGUUCUUACAACCGAGGGUCUUACAACCAGGGGUCUUACAACCAGGGAUUCUUACAACCGGGGGUCUUACAACCGGUGCUUCUUACAACGAGGGGUCUUACAACCAGGGAUCUUACAAGCAGGGGUUCUUACAAGCAGGGGUUCUUACAAGCAGGGGUUCUUACAACCAUUGGUCUUACAACCAGAGGUCUUACAACCAGGGGUUCUUACAACUGGGGGUCUUAAAAACGAGGGGUUUUAUCAACCGGGGGUCUUAAGAGCAGGGGUUCAUACUACCAGGGGUCUUACAAACAGGAAUUCUUACAACCAGGGGUUCUUACAACUGGGAGUCUUACAACCAGGGGCCUUACAAGCAGGGGUCUUACAACCAGAGGUCUUACAACCAGGGGCUGUUACAACCUGGCGUCUUAUAACCAGGGGUUCUUACGACCGGGCGUCUUACAACCAUAGGUUCUUACAACUGGGUGUCUUACAACUAGGGGUUCUUACAAGUGUGGGUCUUCCAACCAGGGGUUCUUACAACCAGUGUCUUGCGACUGGGGGUCUUACAACCAGGGGUUUUUACAACCAGGGAGUCUUACAACCAGGGGUCUUAUAACCAGGGGGUCUUACAAUUGUGGGUCUUAAAACCAGGGGUUGUUACAACCGUCGGUCUUACAACCAGGGGUUCUUACAUUGGGGGGUCUUACAACCGGGGGUUUUACAACCAAGGGUUUUUACAACCAGGGGUUCUUACAACCAGGCAUCUUACGAUCAGAGGUUCUUACAACCGGGGGUCUUACAACCAAAGGUUCUUACAACCGGGAGUGUUACAACUACGGGUUUUUACAACCAGGGGCUCUUACAACCGGGGGUCUUAACACCAGAGGUUCUUACAACCUGCGGUUCUUACAAGCGUGGGUCUUUCAACCAGGGGUUCUUACAACCAGGGUCUUACAACCGUGGGUCUUACAACCAGGGGUUUUUACAACCAGGGAGUCUUACAACCAGGGUCUUACAACUGGGGGUCUUAUAACCAGGGUUCUUACAAUCGCGGGUCUUAAAACCAAGGGUUGUUACAACUGUUGGUCUUACAACGAGGGGUUUUUUUACAUCUGGGGUUGUUACAACCAGGGGUCUUACAACCAGGCGUUCUUACAACCGAGGGUCUUACAACCAGGGGUCUUACAACCAGGGGUUUUUACAACCGGGGGUCUUACAAUUUGGGUCCAGUUGUUCGAAGGCCGAUUAGCGUUUAACCUGGGGAUAGAUUUAACCCGGGUUUCUUUUUUUUGUGUUUAAAAGCAUUUUCUCCUAUAAUUUUUUCUGUUAUAUUUAGAGUUUUCAAUCAUCAACUUGUAGACAAAAAGAACUAAAACUAAAAUACUUUUUAAGCUUUCCAAUCUAAAUUCAAAUCUCGCACUAACCAUGGGUUAUCUUAACCCAGCUUUGAAUAACUCGGCCCAGGGGUCUUACAACCAGGGCUUGUUACAACCAUUGGUCUUACAACCAGGGGUUCUUACAACCGAGGGUCUUACAACCAGGGGUCUUACAACCAGGGGUUUUUACAACCGGGGGUUCUUACAACCGGGGGUCUUACAACCAGGGGUCUUACAACCUGGGGUUGUUACAACCAGGGUUCUUACAACGGGGCUCCUACAACCAGGAGUUCUUACAACCGGGGUUAUUACAACCAGGGUUCUUAUAACCUGGGGUUCUUUUAACCGUGGGUCUUCCAACCCACGGUUCUUACAACCGGGAGUCUUACAACCAGGGUCUUGCAACGAGGGGUCUUACAACCGGAGGUCGUACAACCGUGGGUCUUCCAACCAUGAGUUCUUACAACCGGGAGUCUUACAACCAGGAAUUCUUACAACCUGGGGUUCUUUCAACCGUGGGUCUUCCAACCCACGGUUCUUACUACCGGGAGUCUUACAACCAGGAAUUCUUACAACCAGGGGUCUUACAACGAGGUGUCUUACAACCGGAGGUCGUACAACCGGGGGUCUUACAACCAUGAGUCCUUACAUCCGGGAGUCUUACAACCAGGAAUUCUUACAACCUGGGGUCUUACAACCACAGGUCUUACAAGCAGGGGUUCGUACAACUGGGGGUCUUACAACCAGGGGUUCUUACAACCAGGUGUUCUUACAGCCAGGGGUCUUACAACCAGUGGUUUUUACAACCAGGGGUCUUACAACCAGCUGUUUUUACAAGCAGGGGUCUUACAACCAGGGGUUCUUACAUCCGGGGUUCUUAAAACCAGAGGUUGUUACAACCAGGGGUCUUACAACCAGGGGUUCUUACAACCAGGGGUCUUACAACCAGGCGUUCUUACAACCAGGGGUCUUACAACCAGCGGUUUUUACAACCAGGGGCCUUACAGCCAGCGGUUUUUACAAGCAGGGGUCUUACAACCAGGGGUUCUUACAUCGGUCUUCUUACAACCAGGGGUUCUUACAACCAGGGGUUCUUACAUUACCAGGGGUCUUACAACUAGGGGUUCUUACGUCAGGGUGGCUUACAGCCAGGUGUUCUUACAACCAGGGGCUCUUACGGCCAGGGGUCUUACAACCAGGGGUUCUUACAACCAGGGGUUCUUAAAAACAGGGGUCUUACAACAAGCGGUUUUUACAACCAGGGAUCUUAUAACCAGUGGUUUUUCCAAGCAGGGGUUUUUACAACCACGGGUCUUACAACAAGCGGUUUUUACAACCAGGGGUCUUACAACCUGUGGUUUUUACAACCGGGGGUCUCACAACCAGCGGUUUUUACAACCAGCGGUCUUACAACCAGGGGUCUUACAACCAGGGGUCUUACAACCAGGGGUUCUUACAUCUAGGGGUCUUACAAGCAGAGGUUCUUACAACCAGGGCUCUUACAACCAGGGGUUCUUAAAACCACUGGUCUUACAACCAGGGUCUGACAACCAGUGCUUCUUACAACCAGGGGUCUUAGAAGCAGGGGUUCUUACAUCUGGGGGUCUUAGAACUAGGGGUUUUUACAACCAGGGGUCUUAAAACCAAAGGCUCUUUAUCAACCAGGGGUUCUUACAACCGGAGGUCUUAGAGGUUUUUAAAACCAGCGGUUCUUUACAACUGGGCGUCUUACAACCAGGGGUUGUUACAACAGUAUUGGGGGCCUUACAACCAGGGGUUCUUACAACCGGGUGUCUUACAACCAGGGUUCUUACAACCGGGUGUCUUAAAACCAGGGGUUCUUACCACGAGAGCUGAAGUGGUGUAUUUGAUUAAGGAGGAGGUAAAUAUUGUAACUCUACAUUUCCAAAAUUUGAAGUUUGAUUUUGAGUAUUUGCUUGGAUCAUGGUCUUCCUUGAAUAGGGUUUUUCUGUCAUAAGUGCAGUUCCUUAAAGCUGUUUUUAGUCAAUGAUUGCAGUCCAAGUAAAGAAGUGUUUUCACACUUUGUUAAUGAAUUAGAAUCAUCUGUUAUUUCAAAUUUUCCAUUUUUGCAUUAUAAUUUCACGUAGUUGAUUAUGGUAAGCCAAGCUGCUUUGCUGAUUUUACUUAACUUGAAAAUUUUAUAACCAUUAAGCUUUGUUCACUGAAAAACUUUGGAUCACUUUCUUUCAGGAGAAAACUAACUCUAAUGCAUCAGCAAAGACCAAUGAUAGCUCCGCAACGCCAUUAUCUGCACUGGUAAUUCUGUUUAGUAACUAUUUUUAACAACUUGUAGUUAUGAAGGUUUGGCCUAUAAAAGAGAAUUUCAUCCAUGUGCAUUUAUAUUGGCUGCAUUGCAGCCGGCCCACAGAAGGUUUAUGGUGUCUGUAAUACAGGCUACAUUUAUACCCUCACUCAAAAGAAGUAUAAUAUUUUGAUUCUGUUUUAAAAUAACUUCAUUUGUCCAGUAAAUUUGAACAGCAGUCGUUUGGCGAAUAUGCAAGUAUUUAGUUUUAAACGUCUGCAGUCAGUUGGUCUGAACGUCUAGCAGUAACUUCCCGAGCACCUACAAUUUGUAGACAUUUAAAGUAGGUUUUAGUCCAGGCAACUUUGGUUUUUCACUUCUAUUAACUACGCGAACGUCUUACAUGUACGCUUUAACUGAAACGUUUGUAAAAUUUUGUUAUGAUCAUGUUUAAAUCGCGGUAACUGAAACUGAUACUCCAUUUUUUUAUUUUGUUCUUUAGAAAGAUCACGUCGCAGGAGACCGAUACAAAGAAUUCUUAAAGGAACAAAGAAAGAGGGAAGAAGACCUGGCAGCUAAACGUAAAAGCGCAACCAAGAAACUGAAUUUUCCUGAUUCUUCCCACGAUGUCAUCAUGAAAAAGAUUGAUUCUCCAGACAACAUCAGCCUGAUUAAAAAGCAGCUUGAGGCACAAGCAAGAGAGCAUAAUCUUCUAAAGAAUCAGAUCCCAGAUCACGAGCAAUUCUUAAAGGUAAGCACAAAGCAAUGUAGUUUCUUUAUUCUCUGUCAAGAAUCAGGUUGCAGUGGCUACCGAAUAAUAGCAACAGGCCCCCUCAAAAAUUUUUUUCUUUCAGUCUUCCUUUUUAGUUUUUUGUGGACUUGUUUUUUGUUGCGCUUCUCUCAUAGUUUUUGGUUGAAGAGCGAAGACUUUGGACAGUUUUUUUUUGGCAGAAUGGGGCGAUUUGAAUUUCCCUGACAUUAAUGAUACUUUGCUGUCAACUUUGUAAGUUUGAAAAUGAAAGGAAAGAAAGGCAUAAUUUUAACAACAGUAUUAAAUCCAGUUUGUAUCGCUGCUGGAAGUGUGCUGUGCCUACAUUUAUUCAUGUAUUUAUUUUGACUUAAGAUGAUGGACAGAUUCGAAGAUUCUCUUUUCUCAUUGGGGGAGACGUUGGGGCACAGAUUGUCACAGAUCAAACAAUGGCUGGAAUAUUUAGAGACUGUGGUAAGUUGAAUAAUAAUAAUAACCUUUAUUUAUCCAUCUUUUAAAAAUAUUCACAAUGGAUUUACAAUACUAUAAAAUGCUAUCAAGUGAUUAUUCUAAUAAAAAAGUAGGUAAGUAAGUCAGUAAGUAAACAUAACAGGUCAUUAAAGAAGUCUUGCAGCUCUUGGUAUAAAUGAAUUUGCAUGUCUUUGCAUCCCUGACUGUGGUAUUGCUACUGAGUGAACCUGGUUUGGAUCUUAAGUUAUAGCCGUGGCUGGUAUUUGGCUUAGUGAGAAAAAUUUGAUUUGGGUGGUUAAUAUAAUUUACAACUCUUUCUAAUUCACGCUUUGUUGCUAUGUUGCACCUGUCCUCUAGUAUUGGAAGGGAUGUUCUUGGUAUCCUGAUGAUAUCUACACACCUGUUUUGUAAAGACUGCAACUCUUCUGCAAUGUACUUUUGCAAACCGCCCCACAGUGGGUGGCAUAUUCGAGAAGUGGGCGUAUUUUGGUACAAUAAUAUAUCCUGAUGCUGAUCUCUGUAGGUAGGUUUGCUUUCAUACAUUCCGUUAAAAAAUACAAUCUCUUGCUGGCUUUCUUUACAGUUUGACUUCAACAUGGUAAUUCCAACAUAGGUUGACAGUUUAAACAAGAACCCCUUUAACCCACUCCUUGACAAGCGUUUUUAAAGAAGAUUUUAUAGUAUGUUUAUAUGUUUGACCAAUACAAGGGUGAGGAUUCUGUGAUUUUAAGAGCUGUGCAGCUGCAAGCUGUAACCUAAUUAAGAAUAGAUGAAAUGACAAUAAUAAUAGUGAUAUUAGAUUGUUACAAAGAAUAAUAAUAUCAAAAGUAGGUUGAGUUUGUCCGGGUGAACGUAGUCUCCAUUUUGGUGACGUCCGCCAGUGUGACAACACAAUUUGUGCUUUGAACUAAAAAUCCAAAAAAAGUUUUCAGUCAUUAAUUGUAGUCCAUCGAGCAAGUUUAGUUAACAAAUAACAAAAAUCAUAAGAUAUACAGAAAUUUAGCACACAUGCAACAUUUGAGGGGUAGUUUGGUCCCAUCGCGGCAAUGCGGUUUUGAAUGUUCAAAACUAUGUGCCUAAAAUUUAAAUUAUCGUGACACAUCUAUUUUAGCUAUUUUGUUUGCGAUCUUGCUUUCGGUUUAUUGAUAUUUUUUGACCUUCACCUUCACAAUUCUGCAGUUAUCUCUUGUGGUAAAAUUGUAGAGGUGAGUCUGAUGUGUUUUUUUUCUUUUCAUUUUGCUAGAUUUUUUAGUUGUGUCCAAAGAUAGACAAUGAUAAUGAAUGUGUUAUGAAAAAUUAGCAACAUUGAGUUGUUGGAAUAUGUUUUUUUUAUUAGAAAGGGGAAAUUACAGAGAAUUUACUAGAAAGAGUCACCGAAGAAGGCUACAUCAUUGACUUAAAGCAGCACCAGGUGAUGAAAGCUAUUAUUAGAGUGCUGCCAUUCUUUAAAUAGGGUUCAAAGCCGGUCUGGUGAAAAUCUCAUUUUGCUUAUAAUAUUAUUAAUAUUGUGAGUCCCAUCAUUAUAAUGUAACUGAUUGCCAUAUGUGUGUUCAGUUUAUUUCUUUCCUGAUUGUCUAAAAUGAAAAUUGGGAGUUAAAUUAAAAUGACAAGCUUUACUAAAUAAAUGCUUGUUGUUUAAUUUUCCAAAUUAUUUUCCAAAUUAUUUUCCAAAUUAUUUUCCAUAUUUCCAAAUGGUCCAGCAGAUACAAGUUUAAUUAUGAAAUUAAUCACUAAGACUUCAGAUACAUUGCAUGUUGUGUGACUGACACAUUUCUUUUUUUCUUUAUAAAUAAACAGGAUAAGGAAAAUGACCUUUGCAAUUCCAAUGUACAAGUAAUUUUGAUAUUAAAGGAGUUAUGGAUCAGGUGCUUAAUGCAUGGCUGAAUGCUUUGGGGAUCCUCAUGAAGAAUAAAUACAUAAUGUAUGUGAAUUUGAUAAUUAGAAUAAUUAAUGCAUUGGCUGAUGUGCUUCGUUAUGAAAUUAGAAUUAAUCAUCACAAUCACAACUGAUUGGAUUUAAUUACAAUAAAUAUUGACAUAUGUAUUUUGAUUCUUACAUGUACAGCUCUGUUUAAUCUAAGAGUUGUUACUUUUUUUCUUAAUUUCCUUCUCCCUAUGCAACACUUGCCUAUUCUCAUCACUCUUUCCUUUUCAUAAUUUGUCUACAAAUUCCUUAAGUCUUUUCUCUUAAACGUUUAAUCUUUGGCUUACACCAUGAUGACUGUUUGUUAACUAAUUGACUAGUAUGUAUGUCUGUGGAUGCUGUAAGUUUGAUUUGAUUUUUUGUUUCAGGUUUAGAAAACAAAACUGUGUUAUCAUAACACUUUCAAGUGUUACACAUGUAGCAAUAGUUCAGAGUCAGAUUAAAAGGUAAUUACGGAUAAUCUGUUUUCCAAUCCAUGUUACUGAGCCUGAAACUUUCUUUUCUUCAUUGUUAUUUAUCAUUGUAAGAGUGGAUUACUUUGUUGAGAAUGAGUAAUAAAUCCAACUCCUUCGAAAAAUUAAUGAUCUACUGAAUUUCCAAAAAGGACCCGUUCCGUACAAAAGCUGAUUCAUCAUUUUGUUUACUAUAAUAAAAUCUAACCUAUUAAGCGUAAAAGUGAUUUAUCUCUAAUCCAAUCGAAAGGUGGUUAAUAUUACAGCUCCUAGUAACGUAAUGGCAAAGUAAUGAAAACAAAACAAAAAAAUGUCACACUAUAAUUUUCAGAAAAUAUUGACAUACUUGAUUUUUUUAAUGACUGCAAAUUGUGUCUCUGAGGACAUUAUUAUUAUUAUUAUUAUGACUCAAAUAUAUUGUUAUUGUGUGUGUAAGUAAUUUCAAUCAGAAUUUUUCCUAAUUGUGUUGAAGAUACGCCUAGAAUGCCUGACACACGCCUCCCCAAGAGAGGGAAAUGGCAACAGGGUGGACAAAAGAGGCAAAGCACUAUAAGACUGUCUCAAAGCAUCACUGUAAAUCUUUGAUAUAGAUGUUGAAACCUGGGAGACCUUGGCUCUAGACCAACCUGCCUGGCAUAGCAAAGUCAACAAAGGCACUGUCCUUUUUUAGCUAAACAGGAUAACAGGGGCUCAGAGGAAGCGUGAGCUGCGCAAAUCCAAAUUGAUCUCCUUGACACCUGCUUAAGAAAAUCGCCAGUGUCUGGUAUGCGGCAGAGCCUUCUGCACAUGAUUGGAUUGAUCAGCCACAGUUGGAAACACUGCACCUAAUACCUCUCUCACGUGAUGUUCUUGGGCAUUGCUAACAACAACAGACAAACAACAACAAAGACUGGAGUCAGAUAACAAGGUAAUACAUUGGGUAUAAUGAUUGGACAGUAAUAGUUAUUCAUACUAGCUAAAGUACCAAAUUGGAAUCAUUGCAUGUGUGUUUGAUAAGCAUUGAAUUAAGAAAUGAAUUUAAUAUAAUGCAUUUUAAUUUUUGCUGUCAAUUAAGCAAGGUUUGUUAGUCUAUAUGUUGCAAGUAAUGUGGUAUUUCAGGUUGAUUUGUUUCAACCUAGGUCAAAAUAUAGUAUUAGUGAGCACUACACAUCUGCUUUAAAUCUAUUAGAGUAGUUUGAAUGAUAUUAAAAAGUUAACUGGGGGAACAUAUGAAAGCUGUGAGUUUCCUCAGUUUGCUUCCAGGUGAUGUUUCUUGUAAAAAGAACACUCCUACAGCAGAAUUCAGUCUUGCAACCAGGGGUCUUACAACCAGUGGUCUUCCAACAAGGGGUUAUUUCAACCAGGGCUGUUACAACCAGGGGUUGUUACAACCGGGCAUCUUAUAACCAGGGGUUCUUACAACCGGGGGCCUUAAAACCUGGGCCCAGUUAUUCGAAGGCUGAUUAGCGCUUAACCUGGGGUUAAAUUUAGCCAGGGUUUCUUUUUUUGUGUUCAAAAGCAUUUUCUCGCAUUAUUUUCUGUUAUAUUUAGAGUUUUCAAUCAUUACCUUGUAGACAAAAAGAAUUAAAACUGAAAUGGUUUUCAAGCUUUCAAAUCUAAAUUCAAAUCUUGCGCUAACCGUGGGUCAUCUUAACCCAGCUUUGAACAACUCGGCCCAGGGGUCUUACAACCAGGGGUCUUAAAACCAGGAGUUCUUACAACCGAGGGUCUUACAACCAGGGGUUUUUACAACCAGGGGUUCUUACAACCGGGGGUCUUACAACCGGUGCUUCUUACAACGAGGGGUCUUACAACCAGGGGUCUUACAAGCAGGGGUUCUUACAACCAUUGGUCUUACAACCAGGGGUUCUUACAACUGGGGGUCUUAAAAACGAGGGGUUCUAACAACCGGGGGUCUUAAGAGCAGGGGUUCAUACUACCAGGGGUCUUACAAACAGGAAUUCUUACAACCAGGGGUUCUUACAACUGGGAGUCUUACAACCAGGGGCCUUACAAGCAGGGGUCUUACAACCAGAGGUCUUACAACCAGGGGCUGUUACAACCGGGCGUCUUAUAACCAGGGGUUCUUACGACCGGGCGUCUUACAACCAUAGGUUCUUACAACUGGGUGUCUUACAACUAGGGGUUCUUACAAGUGUGGGUCUUCCAACCAGGGGUUCUUACAACCAGUGUCUUGCAACUGGGGGUCUUACAACCAGGGGUUUUUACAACCAGGGAGUCUUACAACCUGGGGUCUUACAACGGGGGGCCUUACAACCGAGGGUUUUACAACCAGGGGUUUUUACAAUGAGGGAUUUUACAAAAAGGGGUCUUACAUCCAGGUGUCUUACAACCAGGUGUUCUUACAACCAGGGGUUCUUACAGCCAGUGGUCUUACAACCAGGGGUUCUAACAACCAGGGGUCUUACAACCAGGGGUUCUUACAAUCAGGGGUCUUACAACUAGCGGUUUUUACAACCAGGGGUCUUACAACCAGCUGUUUUUACAACCGGGGGUCUUACAACCAGCGGUUUUUACAACCAGGGGUCCUACAACUAGGGGUUCUUAGAACCAGGGGUCUUACAACCAGCGGUUUUUACAACCAGGGGUCUUACAACCAGCGGUUUUUACAAGCAGGGGUCUUACAACCAGGGGUUCUUACAUCCGGGGGUCUUAAAACCAGGGGUUCUUACAACCAGGGGUCUUACAACCAGGGGUUCUUACAACCAGGGGUCUUACAACCAGUGGUUUUUACAACCAGGGGUCUUACAACCAGCUGUUUUUACAAGCAGGGGUCUUACAACCAGGGGUUCUUACAUCCGGGGGUCUUAAAACCAGGGGUUCUUACAACCAGGGGUUCUUACAACCAGGGGUCUUACAACCAGGGGUUCUUAGAACCAGGGGUCUUACAACCAGGCGUUCUUACAACCAGGGGUCUUACAACCAGCGGUUUUUACAACCAGGGGUCUUACAGCCAGCGGUUUUUACAAGCAGGGGUAUUACAACCAGGGGUUCUUACAUCCGGGGUUCUUACAACCAGGGGUUCUUACAAGCAGGGGUCUUACAACCAGGGGUUCUUACGUCAGGGUGGCUUACAGCCAGGUGUUCUUACAACCAGGGGCUCUUACGGCGAGGGGUCUUACAACCAGGGGUUCUUACGUCAGGGUGGCUUACAGCCAGGUGUUCUUACAACCAGGGGCUCUUACGGCCAGGGGUCUUACAACCAGGGGUUCUUACGUCAGGGUGGCUUACAACCAGGUGUUCUUACAACCAGGGGCUCUUACGGCCAGGGGUCUUACAACCAGGGGUUCUUACAACCAGGGGUUCUUAAAACCAGCGGUCUUACAACAAGCGGUUUUUACAACCAGGGGUCUUACAACCAGUGGUUUUUCCAACCAGGGGUUCUUACAACCAGGGGUCUUACAACAAGCGGUUUUUACAACCAGGGGUCUUACAACCAGUGGUUUUUACAACCGGGGGUCUUACAACCAGCGGUUUUUACAACCAGCGGUCUUACAACCAGGGGUCUUACAACCAGGGGUCUUACAACCAGGGGUUCUUACAUCUAGGGGUCUUACAAGCAGAGGUUCUUACAACCAGGGGUUCUUAAAACCACUGGUCUUACAACCAGGCGUCUUACAACCAGUGCUUCUUACAACCAGGGGUCUUAGAAGCAGGGGUUCUUACAUCUGGGGCGUCUUAGAACUAGGGGUUUUUACAACCAGGGGUCUUAAAACCAAAGGCUCUUUAUCAACCAGGGGUUCUUACAACCGGAGGUCUUAGAAGCAGAGGUUUUUAAAACCAGCGGUUCUUUACAACUGGGCGUCUUACAACCAGGGGUUGUUACAACAGUAUUUGGGGCCUUACAACCAGGGGUUCUUACAACCGGGUGUCUUACAACCAGGGUUCUUACAACCGGGUGUCUUAAAACCAGGGGUUCUUACCACGAGAGCUGAAGUGGUGGAUUUGAUUAAGGAGGAGGUAAAUAUUGAAUAGGGUUUUUCUGUUAUAAGUGCAGUUCCUUAAAGCUGUUUUUAGUCAAUGAUUGCAGUCCAAGUAAAGAAGUGUUUUCACACUUUGUUAAUGAAUUAGAAUCAUCCCUUAUUUCAAAUUUUCCACUUUUGCAUUAUAAUUUCACGUAGUUGAUUAUGGUAAGCCAAGCUGCUUUGCUGAUUUUACUUAACUUGAAAAUUUUAUAACCAUUAAGCUUUGUUCACUGAAAAACUUUGGAUCGCUUUCUUUCAGGAGAAAACUAACUCUAAUGCAUCAGCAAAGACCAAUGAUAGCUCCGCAACGCCAUUAUCUGCACUGGUAAUUCUGUGUAGUAACUAUUUUUAACAACUUGUAGUUAUGAAGGUUUGGCCUAUAAAAGAGAAUUUCAUCCAUGUGCAUUUAUAUUGGCUGCAUUGCAGCCGGCCCACAGAAGGUUUAUGGUGUCUGUAAUGCAGGCUACAUUUAUACCCUCACUCAAAAGAAGUAUAAUAUUUUGAUUCUGUUUUAAAAUAACUUCAUUUGUCCAGCAAAUUUGAACAGCAGUUGUUUGGCAAAUAUGCAAGUAUUUAGUUUUAAACAUCUGCAGUCAGUUGGUCUGAACGUCUAGUAGUAACUUGCCGAGCGCCUACAAUUUGUAGAUAUUUAAAGUAGGUUUUAGUGCAGGCAACUUUUGUUUUUCACUUCUAUUAACUACGUGAACGUCUUACAUGUACGCUUUAACUGAAACGUUUGUAAAAUUUUAUUAUGAUCAUGUUUAAAUCGCGGUAACUGAAACUGAUACUCCAUUUUUUUAUUUUGUUCUUUAGAAAGAUCACGUCACAGGAGACCGAUACAAAGAAUUCUUAAAGGAACAAAAAAAGAGGAAAGAAGACCUGGCAGUUAAACGUAAAAGCGCAACCAAGAAACUGAAUUUUCCUGAUUCUUCUUACGAUGUCAUCAUGAAAAAGAUUGAUUCUCCAGACAACAUUAGCCUGGUUAAAAAGCAGCUUGAGGCACAAACAAGAGAGCAUAAUCUUCUAAAGAAUCAGAUCCCAGAUCAUGAGCAAUUCCUAAAGGUAAGCACAAAGCAAUGUAGUUUCUUUAUUCUCUGUCAAGAAUCAGGUUGCAGUGGCUACCAAAAUAAUAAUAGCAACAGGCCCCCUCAAAAAGUUCUUUCUUUCAGUUUUCUUGUUUAGUUUUUGUGGACUUGUUUUUUGUUGCGCUUCUCUCAUAGUUUGUGGUUGAAGAGUGAAGACUUUGGACAGUUUUUUUUUUGCAGAAUGGGGCGAUUUGAAUUUCCCUGACAUUAAUGAUACUUUGCUGUCAACUUUGUAAGUUUGAAAAUCAAAGGAAAGAAAGGCAUAAUUUUAAAGAAGUCUUGCAGCUCUUGCUAUAAAUGAAUUUGCAUGUCUUUGCGUCCCUGACUGUGGUAUUGCUACUGAGUGAACCUGGUUUGGAUCUUAAGUUAUAGCCGUGGCUGGUAUUUGGCUUAGUGAGAAAAAUUUGAUUUGGGUGGUUAAUAUAAUUUACAACUCUUUCUAAUUCACGCUUUGUUGCUAUGUUGCACCUGUCCUCUAGUAUUGGAAGGGAUGUUCUUGGUAUCCCGAUGAUAUCUACACACCUGUUUUGUAAAGAAUGCAACUCUUCUGCAAUGUACUUUUGCAAACCGCCUCACAGUGGGUGGCAUAUUCGAGAAGUGGGCGUAUUUUGGUACAAUAAUAUAUCCUGAUGCUGAUCUCUUUAGGUAGGUUUGCUUUCAUACAUUCCCUUAAAAAAUACAAUCUCUUGCUGGCUUUCUUUACAGUUUGACUUCAACAUGGUAAUUCCAACAUAGGUUGACAGUUUAAACAAGAACCCCUUUAACCCACUCCUUGACAAGCGUUUUUAAAGAAGAUUUUAUAGUAUGUUUAUAUGUUUGACCAAUACAAGGGUGAGGAUUCUGUGAUUUUAAGAGCUGUGCAGCUGCAAGCUGUAACCUAAUUAAGAAUAGAUGAAAUGACAAUAAUAAUAGUGAUAUUAGAUUGUUACAAAGAAUAAUAAUAUCAAAAGUAGGUUGAGUUUGUCCGGGUGAACGUAGUCUCCAUUUUGGUGACGUCCGCCAGUGUGACAACACAAUUUGUGCUUUGAACUAAAAAUGCAAAAAAAGUUUUCAGUCAUUAAUUGUAGUCCAUCGAGCAAGUUUACUUAACAAAUAACAAAAAUCAUAAGAUAUACGGAAAUUUAGCACACAUGCAACAUUUGAGGGGUAGUUUGGUCCCAUCGUGGCAAUGGGGUUUUGAAUGUUCAAAACUAUGUGCCUAAAAUUUAAAUUAUCGUGACACAUCUAUUUUAGCUAUUUUGUCUGCGAUCUUGCUUUCAGUUUAUUGAUAUUUUUUGACCUUCACCUUCACAAUUCUGCAGUUAUUUCUUGUGGUAAAAUUGUAGAGCUGAGUCUGAUGUGUUUUUUUUCUUUUCAUUUUGCUAGAUUUUUUUGUUGUGUCCAAAGAUAGACAAUGAUAAUGAAUGUGUUAUGAAAAAUUAGCAACAUUGAGUUGUUGGAAUAUGUUUUUUUUAUUAGAAAGGGGAAAUAACAGAGAAUUUACUAGAAAGAGUCACCGAAGAAGGCUACAUCAUUGACUUAAAGCAGCACCAGGUGAUGCAAACUAUUAUUACAGUGCUGCCAUUCUUUAAAUAGGGUUCAAAGCCGGUCUGGUGAAAAUCUUAUUUUGCUUAUAAUAUUAUUAAUAUUGUGAGUCCCAUCAUUAUAAUGUAAGUGAUUGCCAUAUGUGUGUUCAGUUUAUUUCUUUCCUGAUUGUCUAAAAUGAAAAUUGGGAGUUAAGUUAAAAUGACCAGCUUUACUAAAUAAAUGCUUGUUGUUUAAUUUUACAAAUUAUUUUCCAUAUUUCCAAAUGGUCCAGCAGGUACAAAUUUAAUUAUGAAAUUAAUCACUAAGAGUUCAGAUACAUUGCAUGUUGUGUGACUGACACAUUUCUUUUUUUCUUUAUAAAUCAACAGGAUAAGGAAAAUGACCUUUGCAAUUCCAAUGUACAAGUAAUUUUGAUAUUAAAGGAGUUAUGGAUCAGGUGCUUAAUGCAUGGCUGAAUGCUUUGGGGAUCCUCAUGAAGAAUAAAUACAUAAUGUAUGUGAAUUUGAUAAUUAUAAUAAUUAAUGCAUUGGCUGAUGUGCUUCGUUAUGAAAUUAGAAUUAAUCAUCACAAUCACAGCUGAUUGGAUUUAAUUACAAUAAAUAUUGACAUAUGUAUUUUGAUUCUUACAUGUACAGCUCUGUUUAAUCUAAGAGUUGUUACUUUUGUUCUUAAUUUCCUUCUCCCUAUGCAACACCUGCCUAUUCUCAUCACUCUUUCCUUUUCAUAAUUUGUCUACAAAUUCCUUAAUUCUUUUCUCUUAAAGGUUGAAUCUGUGGCUUACACCAUGAUGACUGUUUGUUAACUAAUUGACUAGUAUGUAUGUCUGUGGAUGCUGUAAGUUUGAUUUGAUUUUUUGUUUCAGGUUUAGAAAACAAAACUGUGUUAUCAUAACACUUUCAAGUGUUACACAUGUAGCAAUAGUUCAGAGUCAGAUUAAAAGGUAAUUACGCAUAAUCCGUUUUCCAAUCCAUGUUACUGAGCCUGAAACUUUCUUUUCUUCAUUGUUAUUUAUCAUUGUAAGAGUGGAUUACUUUGUUGAGAAUGAGUAAUAAAUCCAACUCCUUCGAAAAUGAUCUACUGAAUUUCCAAAAAGGACCCGUUCCGUACAAAAGGUGAUUCAUCAUUUUGUUUACUAUAAUAAAAUCUAACCUAUUAAGCGUAAAAGUGAUUUAUCUCUAAUCCAAUCGAAAGGUGGUUAAUAUUACAGCUCCUAGUAAUGUAAUGGCAAAGUAAUAAAAACAAAAGAAAAAAAAUGUCACACUAUAAUUUUCAGAAAAUAUUGACAUACUUGAUUUUUUUAAUGACUGCAAAUUGUGUCUCUGAGGACAUUAUUAUUAUUAUUAUUAUUGUUAUGACUCAAAUAUAUUGUUAUUGUGUGUGUAAGUAAUUUCAAUCAGAAUUUUUCCUAAUUGUGUUGAAGAUACGCCUAGAAUGCCUGACACACGCCUCCCCAAGAGAGGGAAAUGGCAACAGGGUGGACAAAAGAGGCAAAGCACUAUAAGACUGUCUCAAAGCAUUGCUGUAAAUGUUUGAUAUAGAUGUUGAAACCUGGGAGACCUUGGCUCUAGACCAACCUGCCUGGCAUAGCAAAGUCAACAAAGGCACUGUCCUUUUUUAGCUAAACAGGAUAACAGGGGCUGAGAGGAAGUGUGAGCUGCGCAAAUCCAAAGUGAUCUCCUUGACACCUGCUUAAGAAAAUCGCCAGUGUCUGGUAUGCGGCAGAGCCUUCUGCCCAUGAUUGGAUUGAUCAGCCACAGUGGGAAACACUGCACCUAAUACCUCUCUCACGUGAUGUUCUUGGGCAUUGCUAACAACAACAGACAAACAACAACAAAGACUGGAGUCAGAUAACAAGGUAAUACAUUGGGUAUAAUGGUUGGACAGUAAUAGUUAUUCAUACUAGCUAAAGUACCAAAUUGGAAUCAUUGCAUGUGUGUUUGAUAAGCAUUGAAUUAAGAAAUGAAUUUAAUAUAUUGCAUUUUAAUUUGUGCUGUCAAUUAAGCAAGGUUUGUUAGUCUAUAUGUUGCAAGUAAUGUGGUAUUUCAGGUUGAUUUGUUUCAACCUAGGUCAAAAUAUAGUAUUAUUGAGCACUACACAUCUGCUUUAAGUCUAUUAGCGUUGUUUGAAUGAUAUUAAAAAGUUAACUGGGGGAAGAUAUGAAAGCUGUGAGUUUCCUCAGUUUGCUUCCAGGUGAUGUUUCUUGUAACAAGAACACUCCUACAGCAGAAUUCAGUCUUGCAGCCAGGGGUCUUACAACCAGGGGUCUUAUAACCAGGGGUUCUUACAACCAGGGGUCUUACAACCAGUGGUCUUCCAACAAGGGGUCAUUUCAACUAGGGGUCUUACAACCUGGGGCCUUACAAUAAGGAGUUCUUACAACAAUGGGUCUUACAGCCAGGGCUUCUUACAACCAGGGGUUCUUGCAAGCAGGGUUCUUACAACAAAGAGUUUUACAACCAGGGGACUCACAACAGGGGUUCUUACAACAAAAGGUUAAUACAACUGGUGGUAUUACAACAAUGGGUUCUUACAACUACGGGUCUUACAAUGAGAGGUUCUUAGAACCAAAGCUCAUACAACCACGGUUUCUUAGAACCAGGGGUUCUUACAACCAGGGGUCUCACAACCAGUUGUUCUUACAACUAGGGGUCUUACCUCUAGGGGUUCGUACAACCAGGGGUCUUACAAUAACGGGUUCUUUUAACCAGGAGUCUUAUGACCAGGGGUUCUUACAACCAGGGGUCUUACAACCGUGGGUCUCACAACCAGGGGUCUUACAUCUAUGGGUCCUUACAACCAGGGGUUCUUACCACAAGGGGUUUUAUAAUCAGGGUUUCUUACAACCAGGUGUCUUAGAACCAGUGUUCUUACAACCAGCGGUUCUUUUAACCAGGGGUCUUACAACCUGGGGUCUUACAACCUGGGGCCUUACAAUAAGGUGUUCUUACAACCAGGGGUCUUACAACUGGGGUUCUUAGAACCAGGAAGUCUUACAACCAGUGGUUCUUACAACCAGGGCUCUUUUAAUCAGGGGUUCUCACAUACAGGGAUCUUACCUCUAGGGGUUCUUACAACCAGGAUUCUUACAACAAGGGGUUCUUAAAACCAAGGGUCUUACAAACAGGGGUUCUUACAACCGCGGGUCUUGCAACCAGGGGUUCUUACAACUUGGGGUCUUACAACCUGGGUUCUUACAACCAGGAGUUCUCACAACCAGGAGUUUGAAAACCAGGGGUUUUUACAACCAUGGAUUCUUACAACCAGAGGUUUUAUAACCAGGGGUCUUACAUCCACGGGUUCUUCCAACUAGGGAUUCUUACAACCCGGGGUUCUACAACCAGGGGUUCUUACAACCGGGGGUCUAACAACCAGGGGUACUUACAACAAAGGGUCUUACAACCAGGGGUACUUACAACAAAGGGUCUUACAACCAGGGGUUCUUACGAGUAGGAGUUUUACAACCAUGGUUUCUUAGAACCAAGGCUCUUACAACUAGGGGUUUUACAUCCAGGGAUUCUUACAACCAGGGGUCUUACAACCAGGGGUCCUACAACCCGGGGUUCUUACAACUGGGCUUCUUACAGCCAGGGUUUCUUACAACCAAGCUCUUACAACUAGGGGUUUUACAACAAGGGGUUCCUACAAUGAAGGCUCUUACAACUUGGGGUCUUACAUCCACGGGUUCUUACAACCAGGAGUCUUAAAACCAGGGGUUCCUGAAACUAGGGGUCUUACAACCAGGGGUUGUUACAACCAAAGGUCUUACCACCAGACAUCUUACAACCAGGAGUUUUUACCAAUGGGGAAGUUACAACCAGGGGUUCUUACAACAGGGGGUCUUACAACCUGGGGUUCUUACAACCAGAAGUUCUCACAACCAGGGGUCUUACAUCUACGGGUUCUUACAACCAGGGGUUCUUACCACAAGGGGUUUUAUAAUCAGGGUUUCUUACAACCAGGGGUCUUACAAGCAGGGGUUGUUACAACCAGGGGGUCUUACAAGCAGGGGUUCUUAAAACCAGAGGUGUUAAAACCAGGGGUUGUUACAACCGGGGGUCUUAUAACCAGAGGUUCUUACAUCCGGGGGUCUAACAACCAGGGCUUCUUUCAACCGGGGCUCUUACAACCAAAGGUUCUUACAACUGGGGGUCUUAAAACCAGGGUUCUUACAACCGGGGGUCUUACAGCCAAGGCUUGUUACAACCGGAGGUCUUCCAACCAGGGUUUUUUACCACUGGGGGUCUUACAACCAGGGCUUCUUACAACAAGAGGGUCUUACAUCCAGGGGUCUUACAAGCAGGGGUUCUUACAAGCAGGGGUUAUUACAACCAUUGGUCUUACAACCAGGGGUUCUUAUUACCAGGGGUCUUACAAACAGGAAUUCUUACAACAAGGGGUUCUUACAACUGGGGGUCUUACAACCACAGGUUCUUACAACCAGGGGUCUUACAACCAGGGGUUCUUACAACUGGGGGUCUUACAACCAGGGGUUCUUACCACUGUGGGUCUUACAACCAGGGGUUCUUACAACCGGGAGUCUUACAACCACAGGUUGUUACCACCGGGGGUCUUACAACCAGGGGUUCUUACAACCUGGGGGUCAUACAACCAGGGAUCUUACAAGGAGGGGUUCUUACAACCAGAGGUCUUACAACCAGGGGUUGUUACAACCAAGCGUCUUAUAACCAGGGGUUCUUACAAGCGGGGGUUUAAGAACCAGGGGUUUUUACAACCAGGGGUUCUUACAACCAGGGGUCUUAAAACUAGGGGUUCAUGCAACUAGGGGUCUAACAACCAGGGGUUUUUACAACCAGGGGUCUUUUAAUAAGGGGUUCUUACUACCGGGGAUCUUAAAAGCAGGGUUCCUACGAUAAGGGGUUUUUACAAUUAGGAGUUUUAGAACCAUGGGUUCUUACAGCCAGUUGUGUUAUAAUAAUGGUUUCUUACAACCAGGGGUCUUAUAACCAGGGGGUGUUACAACCAGGGGUUCUUAAAACCUGGGAUCUUACAAUAAAGGGUUCUUAAAGCCAGGUUUCUUACAUGCGGGGAUCGGACAAGCGGGGUUCUUACAACCAGGGGUUUUUAGAACCAGGGUUCUUACAUUAGGGCUUCUUAUAACUAGGGGUCUUACAAUCAGGGAAUGUGACAAGCAGGGGUCUUACAACCAGGGGUUCUUAGAAGAAGGGGUCUUACAACCAGGGUUUGUACGACUAAGUCUCUUAGAAGCAGGAAUCUUACAACCAGGGGUUCUUACAACCAUUGGUCUUACAACCAGACGUCCUACAACCAGGGGUUCUUACAACCGGGGUUCUUAGAACCAGGAGGUCUUACAACCACCGGUUCUUAAAACCAGGGCUCUUUUAAUCAGGGGUUCACACAUCACGGGAUCUUACCUCUAGGGGUUCUUACAACCGGGGUUCUUAGAACCAGGGUUCUUACAACAAGGGGUUCUUACAACCAGUGGUCUUACAAACAGGGGUUCUUACAACCACGGGUCUUACAACCAGGGGUUCUUACAACUGGGCUUCUUACAGCCAGGGUUUCUUACAACCAGGAGUUCUCACAACCAGGGGUCUUACAUCUAUGGGUUCUUACAACCAGGGGUUCUUACCACAAGGGGUUUUAUAAUCAGGGUUUCUUACAACCAGGGGUCUUACAUCCAGGGGUUCUUACAACCUGGGGUCUUACAACCAGGGGUUGUUACAACCAGGGGUUCUGACAACCAGGGGGUCUUACAACCAGAGGUGUUAAAACAAGGGGUUGUUACAACCGGGAGUCUUAUAACCAGAGGUUCUUACAACCGGGGUCUAACCACCAGGGCUUCUUUCAACCGGAGCUCUUACAACCAAACAUUCUUAACCGCGGCUCUUACAGCCAGGGCUUGUUACAACCGGAGGUCUUCCAACCAGGGUUUUUUACCACUGGGGGUCUUACAACCAGGGCUUCUUACAACAAGAGGGUCUUACAUCCAGGGGUUCUUACAAGCAGGGUUUAUUACAAUCAUUGGUCUUACAACCAGGAGUUCUUACUACCAGGGGUCUUACAAACAGGAAUUCUUACAACAAGGGGUUCUUACAACUGGGGAUCUUACAACCACAGGUUCUUACAACCAGGGGUCUUACAGGGGUUCUUACAACUAAGGGGUCUUACAACCAGGGGUUCUUACAACUAAGGGGUCUUACAACCAGGGGUUCUUACAACCUGGGGGUCGUACAACCAGGGAUCUUACAAGCAGGGGUUCUUACAACCAGAGGUGUUACAACCAGGGGUUGUUACAACUGAGCGUCUUAUAACCAGGGGUUCUUACCACCGUUGGUUUAAGAACCAGGGGUUUUUACAACCAGGGGUCUUAAAACUAGGGGUUCAUGCAACUUGGGGUCUAACAACCAGGGGUUUUUACAACCAGGUGUUUUUAAAACCAGGGUUCUUACAACCAGGUGUUCUUUCAAGCAGGGGUCUUACAACCAGGGGUUCUUACAAGCAGGGGUCUUUUAAUAAGGGGUUCUUACUACCGGGGAUCUUAAAAGCAGGGUUCCUACAAUAAGGGGUUUUUACAAUUAGGAGGUUUAGAACCAUGGGUUCUUAAAGCCAGUUGUGUUAUAAUAAUGGUGUUAUAAAGCAUGGGUCUUAUAACCAGGGGGUGUUACAACCAGGGGUUCUUACAAACAGGGGUUCUUAAAACCUGGGACCUUACAAUAAAGGGUUCUUAAAGCCAGGUUUCUUACAUGCGGGGAUCGGACAAGCAGGGGUUCUUACAACCAGGGGUUUUUAAAACCAGGGUUCUUACAUUAGGGCUUCUUAUAACUAGGGGUCUUACAACCAGGCAAUGUAACAAGCAGGGGUCUUACAACCAGGAGUUCUUAGAAGAAGUGGUCUUACAACCAGGGUUCGUACAACUAGGUCUCUUAGAAGUAGGAAUCUUACAAGCAGGGUUCUUACAAGCAGGGGUUCUUACAACCAUUGGUCUUACAACCAGACGUCCUACAACCAGGGGUUCUUACAACUGGGGGUCUUUAAAACGACAGGUUCUUACAACCAGGGUUCUUACAACCAUUGGUUCUUACUACCUGGGGUCUUACAAAGAGGAAUUCUUACAACCCGUGGUUCUUUCAACCGGGGGUCUUACAACCAGAGGUUCUUACAACCGGGGGUCUUACAACCAGGGGUUCUUACUACCAGGGGUCUUACAAACAGGAAUUCUGACAACCAGAGGUUCUUGCAACCAGGGGUUCUUACAAGCGGGGGUCUUACAACCAGGGGUUCUUACCACCGGGGGUCUUACAACCCAGGGUUCUUACAACCUGGUGGUCUUACAACCAGGGGUCUUACAAGCAGGGUUCUUACAACCCGAGGUCUUACAACCAGGGAUUGUUACAACUGGGCAUCUUAUAACCAAAGUUCUUACAACCAGGGGUCUUCCAACUAGGGAUUUUUACAACCGUUGGUUCUUACAACCGGGGGUCUUACAACCAGGUGUUCUUACAACUGAGGGUCUUACAACCAGGGGUUUUUACAACCGGGGGUCUUACAACACGGGGUUUUUUACAACUGGGGGUCUUACAGCCAGGGGUUCUUACAACCGGGGGUCUUACAACUAGGGCUUCUUACAACCGGGAGUCUUACAACCAGGGGUUCUUAAAACCUGGGGGUCUUACAACCAGGGGUUCUUACAACAAGAGUUCUUACUACCAGGGGUUGUUACAACCGGGCAUCUUAUAACAAGGGGUUCUUACAACCGGGGGUUUUUAGAACUAGGGGUUCUUACAACCGUGGGUCUUACAACCUGGGGUUGUUAAAACCGGUUGUCUUUAAACCGGGGGUCUUAGAACCAGGGGUUUUUACAACCAGGGGUUUUUACAACCGGGGGUCUUAGAACCUGGGGUUUUUACAACCAGGGGUUCUUACAACCAGGGGUCUUAAAACCAGGGGUUUUACAACCAGUGGUUGUUACAACCAGGGGUCUUACAACCCGGGUUUCUUACAACCGGGGGUUUUACAACCAGGGGUCUUACAACCAGGAGUUUUUACAACCAGGGGUUCUUACAAGCGGGGGAUCUUACAACCUGGGGUCUUACAACCAGGAGUUUUUACAACCAGGGGUUCUUACAAGCGGGGGGUCUUACAACCUGGGGCUGUUACAACCAGGGGUCUUACAACCAGGGGCUCUUACAACCGCGGGUAUUACAAACAGGAAUUCUUAUAUCUAGAGGUCUUACAACCAGGAGUUCUUACCACCAGGGUUCUUACAACCAGGGGUCUUACACCAGAGGUUGUUAGAAUCAGGGGUCUUACAACCGGGGGUCUUACAAACAGGGGGUCUUACGUCCAGGGGUUCUUACAACCAGGGGCAUGCAACUAAGGGUCUAACAACCAGGGGUUUUUACAACCAGGUGUUUUUAAAACCAGGGUUCUUACAACCAGGUGUUCUUUCGAGCAGGGGUCUUACAAUAAGGGGUUCUUACUACCGGGGAUCUUAAAACCAGGGUUCCUACAAUAAGAGGUUUUUACAAUUAGGAGUUUUAGAACCAGGUGCUCUUACAGCCAGUUGUCUUAUAAUAAUGGUUUCUUACAACCAGAGGUCUUAUAACCGGGGGUGUUACAACCAGGGGUUCUUACAAACAGGGGUUCUUAAAACCGGGGGUUCUUAGAACCAGGGUUUUUACAUUAGGGGUUCUUAAAACUAGGGGUCUUACAACUAGGGAGUCUUACAAGCAGGGGUCUUACAACCAGGGGUUCUUAGAACCAGGGGUUUUACAGCCGGGGGUUCUUAGAACCAGGGUUCUUACUUUAGGGGUGUCUAUAACUAGGGGUCUUACAACCAGGGAAUCUUACAAGCAGGGGUCUUACAACCAGCCGUCUUACAACCAGGGGUUCGUACAACCAGGUGUCUUACAAGCAGAGAUCUUACAAGCAGGGGUUCUUACAACCAGGGGUUUUACAGCCGGGGGUUCCUAGAAGCAGGGUUUUUACUUUAGGGGUUUUUAUAACUAGGGGUCUUACAACGAGGGAAUCUUACAAGCAGUGGUCUUACAAGCAGGGGUCUUACAACCAGGGGUUCUUACAACCAGGGUUUCUGACCAUCAGGGAUCUUUUAACCAGGGGUCUUACCGCUAGGAGUUCUUACAACCAGGGGUGUUACAAUAAGGAGUUGUUACAACCAGUUGUCUUAGAACCAGGGGCUCUUACCGCCAGGGGUGUUACAAUAAUGGGCUCUUACAGCCAGGGGGUCGUAGAACCAGGUGUCUUACAUCCAGGGGUUCUUACAACCAGGGGUCUUUCAAUCAGGGGUUCUUUCAAGCAGAGGUUCUUACAAGCAGAGGUCUUUCAGCGCCUUAAGCAUGUUUGAAAUCUUGGCACAUGGUUUGAUAACCAUAUGUCUAUGAAUACUCUUAUAGGAAAGGUAUGUAGUAAGGCAGUUAGAGGGCUUUAUAAUAUUAGGCAAAUUAGAAAAUAUCUGUCUGCAGAGUCAACCAAGUGUUUAAUUCAUGCGUUUGUUACAUCACAUUUAGAUUAUUGUAACGCUUUUUUGUAUAAGCUUCCGCAAUAUCAAUAUGACCGACUUCAAAAAGUUCUUAAUGCGGUGACUCGGGUUACAUGCUUAAUUCCUAAGUUUGCCCAUAGUACUCCGGUACUUAGGGAACUUCAUUGGUUGCCAGUGAAAUUUAGAGUAGAAUUUAAGAUUACACUAUUAGUUUUUAAAGCGUUGAAUGGCCUGGCACCACAAUAUUUAUCUGAACUACUUGUUGUAAGGCCUAGAACUAGAUACAGCCUGCGGUCUGAUUGUAAUCCCUAAGGUGACACGAAAGACUUUUGGCGAUCUAUCCUUCUUCCAUGCUGGACCAACAGUAUGGAAUGCUUUGCCAUCUAGCCUUAGAAACUGUAGGAACAUUGACUCUUUUAAAGUACAGUUGAAGACUUAUAUUUUUAAGAAAGCUUUUAAUUUGUAAUUUUAUAUUCUUAUUACUAUUAUUAUAUCUGUCCAUUUAUUGUAUAUAUAGAGGAUAUUACACGGUGGCGCGAAGAUAUGAAUUUUAUUUUCGAGUGACACGAGAAAAUCAAAUUCAUAUCUUCAAGCCGCUGUGUAAUGUUCCUUUUAUUAUAUAAACAAAAAGACAUCGAUAAAAUAAUAGAGGGAAAUGACCGAAAUUACGUCAUCGAUAAACUCACGUGUGAGAUUAUGGUAAAUAAACCACGCGGGUCCUGGAUGUAGUUUUUAUAAAUUUUAUGAGUGGUGUAUUUUCCAGUAAAACACUCGUGUCUACAUAAUAGAUAUAUUUAUUUUCUUGUAAAGCGCUUUAGAAUAUUUUAAUAGUUAAAGUGCUAUAUUAAAUGUAAUAAAUUAUUAUAAUUAUUAUUAUUACAACCAGAGGUCUUACAACCAGGGGUUCUUAAAACUGGGAGUCUUACAACCAGGAGUUCUCAGAACCUGGGUCUUACAUCUAGGGGCUCUUACAAGCAGGGGUUUUAUAAUGAGGGGUUCUUAGAACCAGGGUUGUUAUAACUAGGGGUUGUUCCAACCAGGGGUCUUACAAUCAGAGGUUCUUACAACCAGAAGUCUUACAUCCAGGGGUUCUUACAGCCAAGGCUCUUACAAGCAGGGGUCUUACAUCCAGGCAUUCUUACAGCCAGGGGUUCUUGCAACUAGGGGUCUUACAAGCAGGGCUUCUUACAUCCAGGGGUCGUACAACCAGGGGCUCCUACAACCAAAGCUCUUACAACCAGGGGUCUUAGAUUCAGGGGUCUUAAAACCAGGGGUUCUUGCAGGUAGUGGUCUUACAACCAGGAGUCUUACAACCAGGGAUUCUUACAACCAGAGGUCUUACAACCAGGGGUUUUUACAACGGUCGGUCUUACAACCAGGGAUUCUUACAACUUGAGGUCUUACCACCAGGAGUUCUUACAACCAGAUGUUCUUACAACCAGGGGUAUUACAUCCAGGGGUUUUAUAAUCAGGGGUAUUUAGAACGAGUGGUUCUUAGAACCAGGGGUUUUACCAGCAGGGGUUCUUACGACCGGGGGUCUUAAAACCAGGGGUUCUUAUAACCAGGGGUUCUUCCAACCAGGGGUCUUACAAUCUCGGGUUUUUACAACCAGGGGUCUUACAACCAGGGGUUCUUACAACCGGGGUCUUACAACUAGGGGUUCUUACAACCAGGGGUCUUACAAUCAGACGUUGUUACAACCAGGGGUUUUACAAUUAGGGGUUCUGACAAUAAUCUGCUCUUACAACAAGGGUUUCUUAGAACUAGGAGUCUUAGUACCAGGGGUUCUUACAACCAGGGGGUCUUACAACAAUCGGUUCUUACAACAGGGGUUCUUAGGACAUGUGGACUGACAACCAAGGGUUCUUACAACCGGGGGUCUUACAUCCAGGGGUUCCUACAACUAGGGGUUCUCACAACGAAGGGUCUUACAUCCAGGGUUUCUUACAACCAGGGGUCUUACAAUCAGGGGUCCCACAAUCAGAGGUUCUUACAAUUAGGGUCUUACAAUUAGGGGUUCUUACAAUAAGCUACUCUUACAAUUGUUUCUUAGAACCAGGGGUCUUACAACCAGGGGGUCUUACGACAAUCAGUUCUUACAAGAGUUGUUCUUAGGACAAGGGGUCUUACAACCAAGGGUUCUUACAGCCGCAGGUCUUACAUCCAGGGGUUCUUACAAGCAGGGGUCUUACAAGCAGGGGUCCUUGCAACAACUGGUUUUCAUAACAGGGUUCUUACGACACGGAUUCUUCCAAGGAGUCUUCUUACAACCGGGGGUCUUACAUCCAGUGGUUCUUACAACCAGGGGUUACAACCAGGGGUCUUAUAAUCAGGGGUUCCUAGAUCCACUGGUCUUAGAAGGAGAGGUUCUUACAACUAGAGGUCUUACAUCCAGGGUUUCUUACAACUGGUGGUUCUUCCAAGCAGAGGUCUUACAAUCAAAGUUUCUUUCAACCAGGGAUCUUAAAAGAAGGGGUUGUUACGACUUGGGGUUUGACAACAAGGGCUUCUUACAAGCAGGAGUUCUUACAACUGGGGUCUUAAAACAAGUGGUUCUUACAACCAAGAGUUCUUGCAAGCAUGGUUCUUACCACCCAGGGUCUUACAGCAGGGGUCUCGCAAGGAGGGAUUUUUACAAUCAGGGGUUCUUACAACCAGGGAUCUUAAAAGAAGGGGUCCUUACACCCAGGGUUUCUUACAAUCAGGGGUUCUUACAGCAAGGGGUCUUUUCGCCAGGGUUCUUACAACCAGGGGUUUUUACAAGCAGUAGUCUUACAACAAGGGGGUCUGACAAUCAGCGGUUUUUAAAGGAUUUCAGGGGGUUACCAGGGAUCGGUGGGGGAUACAAGGGAUUACAGGGGCUUAUGGGGGGUUACAGCAUCUUACAAGAGGUAACAGGGGGUGACAAGGAGUUUCACGGGCUUACAAGGGGUUACAAGUGGUUACAAGGGGUUGCAAGAGGUUACAAGGGAUGACAAGGGGUUAGAGUGGGUUACAAGAAGAAAUUAGGUAACUAUUCUAGCCACACAAAGCAGAAGCUGAUUUUUUAAAAAAAAGUAAGCAGGAAUUUGUUGUUUACUAUCUAUCGAAAUAAAAAAUGUUACAAACUGUUUGUGGGCAAGAUAUUAACUGGGUAAAUAUUUACACGAUACAGGUAUUUAUAAUUUUAUUAUGUUUGUUGUUUUGAAUUUUUGGCAAAUAACUAAGUGUACUGUAAGUUUUACACUAUUAAUUAUACAUACAAAUUUAAAGAUUAGAGCGCUCUAGCAAAAGGCAAAGAGUGUGUUUGCUUUGAAAUUCAAGAAGGGAUAGUGUUGUUUUCGAAAGAAAAAUUGUUGUAAGGCAUUGCACCACUACACUUAAAACUGUGUUUGAGUAAACUAGUUUUUGGCCUUGGAAGUCCUAGAUGAGUUUUAAGAUUGCUAAGAUGAUAGUUGGUUUUACUAUCGUUAAGUUUUGUAAAAGAGGCUGUCAGAUGGGAGAUGGGGAGGGGAGGAAGACUGAUCUUUGAGGAUUGUGUACACAAGGGUAGCCUUAAUAUGUAUGGGCCUGGUAUGGAGGUUUUCCAUUUUAAUUUUGAAAAACAUGUAUUAAUUUAAUGUCAUUAUGACAUUGUGUCAUGAGGCAUCAAAUAUCAGAGAAUUCUCCUUUUACUACACAAAAAUCUGCAGGUAAUGUACUAUCGAAUUGAAAAAUGUCACAAACUGUUCUGUUUGAGGGUAAUAUAUUAACUGGGUAAAUAUGAACACAAUACAGGUAAUUUUACCAUGUUUGUUGUGAGUUUUUGGAGAAUAAUUAAGUGUACUAUAAGGUUUAUACUAUUAAGUAGACAUACAAAUUUAAAGGUCAGAGCAUUCUAGCAAAAAGGAAAAAGCAUGUUUGCUUUUAAAUUCGGGAAGUGAUUGUGUUUUUUUCACAUGGUAAGAAAGAUUUUUGUAGACCAUUGCAACACUACACAUAAAACUGCAUUUGAGGAAAUUAGUUUUUGGCCUUAGAAGUAGUAGGUCAGUUUUAAGAUGGCUAAGAUUAUAGUUGGUGUUACUAUCGUGGAAUUUUGUAAAGUAGGCACUCAGAUUGAGGGGGGGGGGGAACAUUGAUCCUAUAGGAUUGUGUAUACAAGGGUAGCUUUUCAUGUAGGCGCCUGGUUUCAAGGUUUUCCAUUUCAAUCUUUCAAGAACACCUACCUAUUCAAUAUCAUCAUGACUGGGUGUUUAUUAGGCAUUAACAAUCGGAUAAUUCUCUGUUUAGUACUGAGAAAUCUCCAGCUAAUGUUCGAUAGCCUAUGAUUAUUUUUUCAUUGAGACGUACUGGAGCCUUUUUCAAAUUAUUACCUUGUAAUGUUAAACCUGUUAUUUGAAUUCUUAAUGAAAACCCUGUAUAACGAACUCGUAAUGACUUUACCCAUAGGGUUUUGAAUUUUUUCAAUUUAUCUUUCAGUUGCUUUGCACUAGUAUUACACAAGCAAGAUGGAAUUAACAGUAAUCAAGGUAAGUAACAGACUGUAACAUUAACAUGAGGUUACAGGGGGUUUUAAAGGAUUUCAGGGGGUUACCGGGGAUUUCUGGGGGAUACAUGAGGUUAAAGGGGGUUACAGGGGGUUAAAAGAGGUACCAGAGGGUUACAGGGGGUUACAAGGGGUUACAGAGGCUUACGGGGGGUUACAGGGGGUUACAAGAGGUAACAGGGGGUUGCAACGGGUUACACGGGCUUACAGGAGGUUACAGAGGUUACAAGGGAUGACAAGGGGUUAGAGUAGGUUACAAGAAGAAAUUAGGUAACUAUGCUAGCCACACAGAAGAAAAGCUGAUUUCUUUUUAAAAAGUAGGGAGGAAUUUGUUGUUUACUAUCGAAAUGAAAAAUAUUACAAACUCUUUGAGGGUAAUGUAUUAACUGGGUAAAUAUUGAGACAAUACAGGUCAUCUUACUAUGUUGUUGUGAGUUUUUGAGAAUAAUUAAGUGUACUAUAAGUUUUAAACUGUUAAUAAGCCAUUCAAAUUUAAAGAUCAGGGCAUUGUAGCAAAAAGGAAAGACUAAUUUGGCUUUUAAAUUCAGGGAGUGACUGUGCUUUUUUUUCCUGGUAAGAAAGAUUGUUUCAGAGCAUUGCAACACUACAUUUAAAACUGCGUUUGAGGAAAUUAGUUUUUGGCCUUGGAAGUAGUAGAUAAGUGUCAAGACUACUAAGAUUGUAGUUGGGUUUACUAUCGUUGAGUUUUGUAAAGGAGGCUCUAUGAUGGGGUGCUUAUAUUUUGUCAAUGUAGAGCCCUAUUCAGCUCAGUGUUAUUUCUCCAGAUUAUUGUAAACAAUGUCCUAUAUUGCUGUACUGUAAAUUUUAGCCGUGACAAUUACUCUUUGGCGAAUAAAAAUCUAUUAUUUUAUCGAUGAUUUUUUGUCUAUAUAAUAAAAAGAACAUUACACGGCAGCUUGAAGAUAUGAAUUUUAUUUUCUCGUGGCUGCGCUCGUUCGUAAAAUAUUGUUUUGCCACUGGAAAGUAAAUUUCAUAUCUUCGUGCCACCGUGUAAUAUCCCCUAUUUAUUUAGUUAGGCGUCUUGCGUGAUGUUGCAGGACGAGCAUACGUGCCUCGUGUUCACGUUAAAUUUUGAAUUGGGCGCCAUUUUGAACUGUUUGUUCUUCGCUGUCGGUUCGCCUUCUAUUUUGGUCGUGCAGGGACGUCUUUUUGUGAAGAUGAGAAAGGAGAGUGUGAUAGAUUGCGGAGAUAGACUGCAGGGAGGAAUAAUAGUGCGUAGACCUAGUUAAACGAAACGCCAAAUCCCAUGGAAGCGGUGACGAAGGAAUUCAACAUCAGUGUACGUUGGGGACUGGAAAUAUGCACAACUGACUGUUUCAACAACCAUCACCUGCAACCAUUGAGAGGAGAGAACGCCUAACUGUGGAUCCUUGUUGUUUCGUAAGUACAUUUUUAAUGUGGAUACUGAAUCUUGUUUAAAUACGUAGAAACAUAUUAAUUAUUUAAGUCUAUGUAAUGGCUUUGGGAGCAUUUCAUGGAUGUCGAUCGUAAAAAUCGUUUCACGUGAGCUUUCACAAGCGACCAUAAGCUCAUAUGCUUCAUUCGACAGCGAGUUUCUUCCUACAGUUCUGACCCUUGUAUGUUACCUGUAGUUUCCGUGAUAACAUAUAGAGCACGUUUUUGUCUGAUUUCUUUUGCAAUAAAGACAUAGUUGCUACUUCACUGAAAAAGAAUUUUGCUGUAAAUAAAUGGCGAACAUGAUAGCUCUAAAAUUUGGAAUCUUGAAUCAGGAAACGGAGUCACGGAACGGAACACGGAAUCAAAUAUCAAUGAUAGAAAAAUAUUAUAUAAAAAUUCCUUGACGCUUAAAUGUACAAAACGAGGAUAACAGCUUUAUUUAAUGGCAAAGCAACCUUCACUGACACAAGUAAGAUAAGCAUCUUUGGGUGGGAAGUCGCAAUUCUAUUUAUCCAUCUUUGAGUGGACAAGGUAGUGCUUGUGUCAAUGAUGCUACAAAUGAUGCAACUGUCACCAGGAGAUACAUGUAAACAAGAUUAUUCAGAAAUUGAUUUUCCUUACACUUCAAUUAAUUUUGUCAUUAAUCUUCGAACACAAGGAUAACAGCUUUAUUCCAUGACAAAGCAACCUUCAUUGACACAGCUUUGAGUGGGAAGUCGCAAUUCUGUUUAUCCAUCUUUGAGUAGACAAAGUAGUGCUUGUGUCAGUGUUGUACGAAAAUGUUGCAACAGUCACCAGGAGAUAAAUGUAAACAAGAAGAUGAUUCAGAAAUAUAAUUUCCUUACACUUUAAUUUGUCGUUUAGCUUUGAACACGAGGAUAACAGGUUUAUUCAAUGGCAAUUAAGCAACCUUCACUGACACAGCUAAGACGCCCAUCUUUGAGUCGGAAGUUCCAAUUCUAUUUAUCCAUCUUUGAGUGGAAAAAGUAGUGCUUAUGUCAAUAAUACUUCAAAUGUUGCAACAAUCACCAGGAGAUACAUGUAAACAAGAAGAUUAUUCACAAAUAUAAUUUCCUUACAGUUUAAUUUGUCGUUUAGCUUCGAACACAAGGAUAACAGCUUUAUUCAAUGACAAUUAAGCAACCUUCACUGACACAGCUAAGACACCCGUCUUUGAGUGGGAAGUCGCAAUUCUAUUUAUUCAUCUUUGAGUGGACAAAGUAGUGCUUGUGUCAAUGAUACUUCCCAUGUGCAACAGUCACCAGGAGAUAAACAAGAUUAUUCAGGAAUAUAAUUUCCAUACACUUUAAUUUUUGGUAUUGUGCUUCAAACACUUGGAUAAGAGCUUUAUUCAACGACAAAAGCAAUCUUCCUUAAAAUGAAAUAUUUGUCGUUGUCAUGCACUACCUGAAAACGGCCUUAUUUUAAGCUCUCUAGUUUUUUUCAGAACCAGGCUGUUACAAUAUACAUGUAAUAUUAUUUGAUAUAAAUAUUUAAAAAUAUUUGUCAUGUUUGUUUGUCUUUAUUUGUUUGAAGUAUGAAGAUGAGGAGAACAAAAACUUUGAGGAUAUUUUGGUUAGUGAAGUCAGGGGGAAGUUUGGGAAAAAGAAAUGGCCCAAAGCAGAGACAAAAGGUAAGUUGUGCAGUUUUGUAAGUUCUUUGAAUCUGGUAGUUUCUAGGUGUUGCAGACAGGUGCAAUCAUCUAACAUAAUAGAAAACAUAGUAUAAGUUAUCCACUUAGUGACGUAUUUAGCCUGUCCUGGAACAGGACUGCGCUUUGGCAGUGCCAGGUGGCCCCUAGCACAUUACUGUUGCUCUUGGGUGACAAGGAAGUCUUAGUUUGCUCAAACACAUUCAUCCAGGGUACCCUGGAUUUUUCAGGUUAAAGGGACAGUUUCACGGUUCACCACAUGCCCAUUAAUCAAAAUGCUAUUUUCUGCCAGGAAAUGCUGUAUCACGAAUGAAAGCAAUAUGAUCAUUUGGCAAUGUUGUUAAAGAACCAAUCUGCACACUCCCCUGGCAGUCACUUGAUCAACUUAGGUGCAAAUAGCUGUAAAUUAAUCAUCCAUGGAAUAAAACCCUUGGGUAAACUAUAAAUUCAACGUUGGUAGUGUUGGCAUAAUCCACUAAUUUUUCUGCGUUUUUAAUACUCCUUCAUCCUACUUCAGGUUACUCUGAAAUACACUUCUACUUUGAAAUACUCUGAGAUCGCUGAGAUACAUGUGAGUGGGAUUAUUAACCUACAGAAUUAAUAAUAAAUUGGAAAAACAUAAUUUAAUUAAUAAGCACAUGCUGAACCGUGAACCUGUCCCUUUUAAGGACACUAGGCUCUUUCAUUUUUUAAGAACGCAACACAUGGUUUGCAUGUGUGUGUUAUGCAUACAUAAUUUACGAUUAUUAUAGAAUGCAUGAGUGCCAUACCCUCUACCCCCUGUUACAUUGUUAAUGUUAACAGUGUCCUUCCCUUUAUAUGCGAGGUUUGAUUGUAGUGUAAAUUGCUCAGAGUAGAGAGCAAGAACCAAAUCUAAAGAUUCAAAAUAGUCAGGAUGACUUUUUUGCCAGACAAAACUGUUGUUGAAGAAAAAAGUAAAAGUUAAUGUUUUUCAAAGUAGUCGUCCCAUUGUGACUAAGUAAGUUUUUUUUUUGGUUUUCAGAAAUUGACGUAUCGCAUAGACAUGUUGGACAAGGCACAACUUUCUCCUGAUGACAAAGCCAAAGUAAAGACUUAAUGAAACCUACAUGCAUGUCAAAGAGGCAAAAAAGAACAACUGCGAAAAUAACCAGAGAGGCUGAUAAAUACUUAUCAGACAGACCGGUAGCAAAAAACUGCCCCUCAUGCGCAGGACCCCAAUAAUACCAAAGUAACAAAUUCCUACAGUGAUCGGCACUAUGGCAGCUGGAAGUAAAAAGCCCAAAAAUGAUGCAGUGCACUUGCUUAAAAAUGAGCUGCAGCCCAAUCACUAAACAUGUGAUGGCAUAGUGGCUUCUACAUGAAUAAAAUUCUACUUUUUCCCUACAUUGUAUUUUUCACUGGUUUAAAACCUGUCAUAUUGUUUUUCACUUUAUCAAGAAAGUAUUUGACUUUGUUCUCCAGUUCAGCCUUCCCUGUGUUUUACUAACAAUGAAACCAUAUGAGCGAGAAACCCUGUAGUCACUUUUUGUGUCACUUGCAUAAAGUUGAAAUUCGAUAGGCCACAGUGACAUAUUCUCUUCAG